AUGCCGAGAGCGCGUGCUUUUCACGGGACAAUCGUCCACUGUCCAACGAUCGGCGACACCAAGAUCCUGGAAAACAGUCUGUUGGUAGUUUCGACCGAUGGCCGAAUCAGUCACCUCGAACAUGACAUUCCACGAAGCGACGUCGAGGAGACUCUCUCGCGACUGCAACUUCCAGGACAAGAACAACCGCGGAUGGUCAAAUACCUCGACCGCGCCGACUUCUUGAUCCCCGGUUUCGUCGACACGCACAACCACGCACCCCAAUGGGGUCAACGCGGGCUGGGUGGUGGCCUGCACAUCCUCAACUGGUUGGACGAGAUCACUUUUCCGAACGAGGCGAAAUUCCGGGACGCCGAACACGCGCGCAAAAUCUACUCGUCUUGUGUCGACGGGUUCAUCAGGCAAGGGGUCACGACGUGUUCGUACUACGCCUCUCUGCAUGGAGAAGCCACCACGAUCCUGGCGGACGUGUGUCAUGCCAAAGGCCAACGGGCCCUGAUCGGGAAGUGUAACAUGGACCGGAACGCGCCCGACUACUACAGGGACAAAGACGCUACGGAGUCUCUGCAGGUCACGAGGCAAGUCAUCGACCACGUCCGCGCGCUCGACCCGUCGAGUGAUGCUCUGAUAAAACCUAUACUCACGCCGCGGUUCGCGAUAUCGUGCGACGACGAGCUACUCGCGGGUCUCGGGUCUCUGGCCAAAGAGCACCCCGAUCUACCCAUCCAGACGCACUUCAACGAGGCCCAGCAGGAGAUCGACGCGACGCUGGGGCUGUUUCCAGACUUCAAAAACGAGGCCGACCUCUACGACCAUUUCGGGUUGCUGACGGACCGCAGCAUCCUGGCGCACUGCACCAUCAUGACGGACUAUGAAAUGGACAAGUUGCAGCAAAAGCACAGCGGGGUGGCUCAUUGUCCCAUCGCCAACACCACGGUGGGAGGCGGGUUCAUGGCCGCGCCCAUCGGGAGAUUCCUCGAGAAGGGCAUCAAGGUCGGCCUGGGCACUGAUAGCGGUGGAGGGUUCUCGUCGAGCAUCCUUGACGCCAUGCGACAGGCCGUCAUCGUUUCGAACGCCCGGCAAGCCAUAAACGGGGAGCCGGCACUGUCGAUCUGGCAGUGUUUCUCCCUGGCCACGCUGGGCGGGGCAAGAGUGUGUAGCCUGGACGACAAGAUUGGGAAUCUCCAGGUCGGCAAAGACUUUGACGCCCUUGUGAUUCGAAGUGACGUCGACGGGGUCAUGACCAUGGUUCAGGAAGAUGAUACUCUGGCGAUGGUGUUUGAAAAGUUCUUGAUAUCCGGAGAUGACCGCAACAUUGAUGAGGUUUACGUCAAGGGACGGCAGCUGAAAGGUAUGAAUAGUUAGCUGGGUGACUAUGUGAAGUGGUAUGAGACUAUGGUACGAGUUACUUGUAUGAUGG